UGGGCGGGGCUGGUUACUGCAUCAGGCCAUGUGGUGUAUGGCAUGAUCUCUACUAUACUGUGUGUGUUUAUAGCUACUCCAGCUCCAGGCAAUAAUGGACUCCAUCAGGAUAGUGACCUGCUCAGCCCCCGUCAACAUUGCAGUCAUCAAAUACUGGGGUAAGAGAGAUGAGAGGCUGAUUCUACCCACCAACUCAUCACUCAGUGUGUGUCUGGACCAGGACCAGUUGAAGGCCACCACCUCCGUAGCUCUGAGCAACUCGUACACACAGGACAAGAUUUGGAUCAACGGAAGGGAGGAGUGUAUUGAUAACCCACGGUUGCAGUCAUGCUUGAGGGAAGUGAGGCGGUUGUCACGGGAACAGCACGGCGAGGAGGGAGACAAGGAGUUUGAGGGGUGUGUCCAUAUCUGCUCAGUCAACAAUUUCCCUACUGCCGCAGGACUUGCCUCGUCAGCAGCUGGCUACGCUUGUCUCGUGUUUGGUCUCUCGAAGCUCUUCAAAUUGGAGGGAGACAUUUCACGGAUUGCAAGACAAGGCUCUGGUAGUGCUUGUCGGAGCGUCCUCGAUGGCUUCAUUAAAUGGGAGAGAGGAGAAAGAGAUGACGGGAGUGACAGCAUGGCAGUACAGGUGUGCCCCUCCUCCCACUGGCCAGGGCUGGAGGUGGUUGUGUUGGUGGUCAGUGCUGACAAGAAACAAGUCAGCAGCAGUGUAGGGAUGCAGAGCUCUGUACUCACCAGUCCACUCAUGAGUCAUCGUGUGGGGGAGGUGGUCCCUCGCAGGAUGGUAGCCAUGGAGACUGCUAUACAACAGAGAGACUUCCAGACAUUUGCUCAGCUCACAAUGAAGGAUAGUAACCAGUUCCACGCUAUCUGCCUCGAUACUUACCCUCCCAUCUUCUACCUCAAUGAUACCUCACGGCGUAUUAUCCACCUCAUCUCUCGCUACAACCAGCUCCACCCACAAGUCAGGGCUGCCUACACGUUCGAUGCUGGACCUAACGCAGUGUUAAUGGUACAGUCCUCUCAUGUGCAAGAACUACUGGACCUUGUCUGCCACUACUUCCCACCGUCUGCAGAGAGCAGUGGUGGCUAUGUUCAAGGCCUCUCAUCUGACAGACAGCCGCGACCUUUGAACCAGUCCACACAAGAGGGUGUGGCCAUGGACCCCCUGCCAGGAGCACUCCAGUAUAUCAUCCAUACCAAGGUUGGUGAAGGGCCGCGGGUGUUGGACAACCCUGGACAGUGUCUACUAGGACAGGAUGGACUCCCUAAAACAUGCACUUAAUAAUAUUAUAUAGACUGUCAUGUAGUGUGUGACCUGUAUGUACGUAUCCUGUAUUAUACAUAAUGUGUUUUUUAUGCAAUAAUUAUGAACAAGCUUUUGAAUGGUUAA